AUGGCCGCUCCAUCCCAAGAAGGCCCCAAGCCCUCAAUCAAUCGCCAGACAACUACACCUUUCCACCUCAAGCUUUUCUAUCGCACCAAUGGCUUCCACUCUUUAUCCGAUUAUAAACUUCCUAUUCCGCCGCGUCAACGCGGUGGCCCCGUCAGUGGACCGAAUGCCAUCCGCGCGCCCUCUCCUGUAGCUGCUGCGACACUUCCGCCCCACCUUGAGAUCUAUACCUGGCAGUCAUGUACACUUCGGGAGCUCUCCCAGCUUCUAACCUCCGCUUUACCGUGGUUACUAGGCGACUCGCCUACCGGUACCCGACUCUGUUUUCGUCUGAUCUACCCCGAUGCGCGUGGUGCAGCAAUGGCAGGCAAUGACGUUCGCGGUCACUAUAUUAGCAAAGAGCUGGGCAGUGUGGUUGUUGCGCCAAAAGAAAGCUCAUACCGGGCAGAUGAAGACGCAGAUCAUCAAGGCGAAGCACAAUUGCGCCCUGGGCCACUUCGUUUCCAAGGUGGAGAAGCCGACAAAUGUCUGCAGGACGCGCGAUUCAUAAUUGGAGACUACAUUGAAUGCGCAGUUCUGCCGCCGCGUGAGGAUGGAUCCAUCGCACCACCGAUCCGUGCUGGUUCUGGGCCACCGCCGAUGGGGCAUGGCAUGCGCGCAUUUGGGCAGAAUGGAUCUGGGCGACCUGGUCGUGGUGGCCCUCGUGGAGAUCGCGGCGGACCUUCUCAUGUUCCCAUGGGUGAUUGGAGGCGAGGGGAAAGACUCCCUGAGGGAGGUGGUCGCGGAGGCCGUCGGGGAUGGAAUCCGUAUUAA